ACCACAUGAUCAGUAUUAGGCAUUAACUUGUACAUUUUGUUCCCCUAUGCAGAGAUUUUAGAGAAGGGGUCUUAUGAGAAGGCGCCUGAAGUUAAAGAGGCAGCAAUAUUGGGAGUAUCGCGGCACAUUUCAAAGCAUUUUCUCUGCGAUAUUUGAAAACGGAGUCGUGCAGUGAACGCCUGCGUGUCCCUUUUAAAACAAACCCAGCGCCUGUCAAUCACGGCGCAUUCCAACCAAUCCCAAAGCUCCCUUUUUAAAAGCAGGUUUGCCUGCUGUGCUUUUAUAUUGCACCAUGGCCUGUUUCGAAGCAUUUUUACUACCACGGUUAUUGCCACAAAUCAAGAGGGCAAAGUGAACGGCAUGGGACUCACACCAACUUUAACGAAAUUGAGUCUGGUUCCUACUUCUGCGAAGUUCACGGCCAAGAAUUUCACAUGCAGAUGAUAUACAACAAGGAAAAUGGGAAACAGAAUUUCUCGGUGUAUCCAGAGUGCUGAAUUGGUUUGAUUUUGCAAACUCAUAGCCAAACUCACAACAAAACAUGACAAGCCUUUCGAGGUUUAGUGGCUGCCCUCUCUCUUGCGUCAACCCCGGGGAGAGCAAUACUGAACCCAGCGUGGUGCUGCCACCUUUGGCAGGAGAGCACAUGGGACACCCCACUGGCAGUUCCUUAAAACUCUGCCCCUCGCACAAUUUGCGAGACUACCCUGAGACGAGGUCCAGUGCAUAUGUUGACCAUUCGGUUCCCAAUUUUUCAGACUCUGGAUACCCCAGUCACCGUUUAGAGCACAGCCCUAGGGGCAUUAUCAUUGGAGCCAAUCUUUCUGGAGCCGGCAUGCCACCCGUCACUGAUCAACUGGCAUCAAGAGCUAACCAACAUGGCGGGAUUGGAAGGUAUCGUGACUUUCCUGGCUGCAGAGACAACAGAAGCCAUACUUUUUUCACGAGUUAUCAGGAGCAGGCCCACGCCUCCACCGACGCGUCCCGAGAGCUCGGCAGCCAGAUGAUGCUGGGUCUACCUGGCGACCUCCUCACCCGGACUCACCCCUAUGGCCAAGCCAUCAGCCCCAAGGGAAACAGCCAGCAGCUUGUCACACAGUUCCUGGGUCUGUACAAACCCCUGAACAUGGCGAUUCAGCGUGGAGGAGGCGACGCUUUCCUCAGGUGCUCUAAGCAAACAGUGAAGCAUGAGCUGGUGUGCAAGUGGAGUGACGGCCAAGAGGGGGCUGGGAAGCUGCCUUGCUCCAGAGCCUUCGGGACCAUGUAUGAACUUGUCACCCAUGUGACAGUGGAGCAUGUCGGAGGACCCGAGCACUCUGAAUAUGUGUGUCACUGGGAGAAUUGUGCGAGAGACAGGAAGCCUUUCAAAGCCAAAUACAAGCUGGUGAACCACGUCAGAGUCCACACAGGGGAAAAGCCCUUUCCCUGCCCAUUUCACGGCUGUGAGAAAGUUUUUGCAAGAUCAGAAAAUCUAAAGAUCCACAAGAGGACUCACACAGGUGAGAAACCUUUUAAAUGCGAGUUCGACGGCUGCAACCGGAGGUUUGCGAACAGCAGCGACAGAAAGAAGCAUUCUCAUGUGCACUCCAGUGAUAAACCCUACAUGUGCAAGGUCAGGGGUUGCGACAAGUGCUACACCCACCCGAGCUCCCUGCGAAAGCAUAUGAAGCUCCACUGCAACAAGGCCCACGUCGCCAAAGGCGGCUGCGGCGGCGGCGACGCGCGUCCCGGUGACGGGGGUCACAUCACGGAGGGCAGGUCAGCCCGAGUCACGGAUGGAACCCAGAUCAGCCCCCCUCAUCCGCCCACCUCCACUCAAGAUGUAACCCUGUCCCCAGAGAGUCGAGACGAGUCGACCCCGAGGUCACGUUUCCAUCACACGUUUGACAGCAGUUUGGACUACUCCACGCACAGGUCACAGCCCCUCUUGGACCCUUUGUUGCUGCAGAGAGGCAGCUACAGGUCCCAGUCCUCCCAGUACCCCUGCGGCCAGACAGGUCACACUUUUGCCCAGAGCUCAAGGACUUUCUCCUCCUCUCCCUUUCAGAAAAGUAUUGUCAAUGGAUGGUACACAUGCCACAGCGGCGUGGACUCUUUCCCACCAAAGCAAUGCAAUAACAUCCCGUCUCUCUGAGUUCUUGUUGGCACACAUCUGACAAUAUCUGGGCCUCGUUUUUUUUCAUGUUGUAGCCUAAAACUUGCUUCUGUAUCUCUAUUAUUCCGUGUACUUUUGUGAAUGUUGUAUCCAAUAUUUUGUGAGACGUCCUCAGUCAUCGUAUUUAAUCUUGCAUUGCGAAAUGUGGCGAGCUUUAUUUGUUGUUGUGAGGCCUUGUUUGGUUGGGUUUGGCCUGUAGCCUUUACAUCGCCCCAUAAUGGCUUAUAGGAACAGUUACAAAGUGUUUAUGCAUAAUUGUGCGCCGUGUUGCAUAAUUAUUAAAGAUAUCUAUCUUAAGUGAGACAAAAAAAAGACAAAGGAUUUUUUUUAAAAAUCUGCGUGUUAACUCUUCUGAACUUAGAAUCUAUUGCUGGAAAGGAAACGUCUUGCUGAAUGUAGCCCUGACUGUAGGGGUCUUUGUUGAAUGUAAACUAGGUGUAAUGUAUGUCGGGAUGAAUAGAAAUAUUAUUCAUGACUUAUGUAUGUCGCAAGAUGAAAUAAAUAUCUGAAAGAUCUUUCCUCAAGUAAAAAUUUUGAGAUCUAACAAAACUGCGUGAUGGGCCUGGAGCAUGAUUUGUCUGUAAUUAAUAUACCGUGAGGCUCAGUUUCUUUUUUUUUCCUGCUCUUGAUUAACUUCCACUUUAUUCGCCCCUUUUUCAUUCCACAUUCGUACUUUGUAUUAUAUGUAUAUUUCACUUUUCUGUGCGACGUAAGACCAGUGUGAAUAUAAACCACAGUGUUCGUGUUACUGUUAAAACGUUUAAUUAGCAUACAGUUCUACUGUACAUAUGCCUACUGUAUAAUUAAUUAUGUAUCCUAUAUUUUAUUAAAGUGUCUAUAUUCUCUUUGA